AUGAGAUUAGAAUGUAAAGGCCAUGUUUGGCGAGCGGGCGGUAAGCUAAUGGAGAAAAUCGUAAGCAAAGAAAUGAAAGGUACAAGACCAAAGGGGAAGACCACGCCGAUGAUGGAUGGACAGUGCACGAGAGACGACGAGAGACCAUGCAGUCACGAGUGGUAA